AGGUCACCUUCAUCUAGCUGAUCAGGAUGUUAUUCCGCAUGCAGUGUUUUCUAUGGUUUAUAGAAAUAUUUCCUAAUAUCAGAGAGAUGGCUGCUUCUAACAUUGAACUGACAUCAAAUGUAACUUAUCAACAGCUGAGUUCCUAUUGUAUUAGUGCCCAUGGUCGUUCUUACAUAGAAUUCUGGGUAAAUGCUACAACUGAUGUCCAUUUCGCUCUAAUGACCAAUGACACUUCCACACCAAGAAUGGAUUUUAGUCAAUUUUAUGAGAUUGUUCUAGGUGGAUGGCUUAAUACAGAGUCUUGUAUUCGAGCACAAAGUGUUGAAUGUAAAAAAGUCAGUACCCCAGAUAUUUUGAAUGGUUCAACCUUUGUUCAGUUCUGGGUCAGUUGGGACAGCGAUCAUGUCUAUGUGGGAGAAGGAUCAAGAUCAUCUGGAAUCACCAAGCUUACUGAAACCAAACCGGCAUCUUAUGAAAUAAAUUACUUCGCUGUAAUGACACAUUACAAAAGCUUCUGGAGAUUUACUGAAGAUACUGAUUGUGAAAUGAUAGAAUACAACAAUACGGACGUGGUUACGAAAAAUACAUCUUGUAAUGGUAUAACAACGUACAGAUGUAAGCCCGGGUCCCUCCUUACUGGCGGCAAUCUGACUCGCACCUGCAUGGUUGGUCGGGUAUGGAACAGUGAACCCCCUGUAUGUACAGAUUGUGGUUGUUCAUCAACUAUUCAUAAAUUAGCGAAUGUUUCAAUAGAUUUUUUAACGGAAAGGAUAUCGCAGCUUACAAAGGAACUCAAAAUACACAAAAAUGCCACAGGAUCAUACUGGAGGUCCAAAACCAGCGCCCCUGACCACAGGAUGUCGUCCCGAGGGAUAGGGUUUAUAUUAGGAUACGGUUUAAUCGGGUUCAUGCUGGGUGUUAUAUUUUUAUCCGACUGUCAAAGAAUGACAAACUACAACCCGCUGAAAAGAUUGAAGGUUGAGAACUUGAAAAGAUGAACACCAAAAAUAAACUGCCGGAAUGUUUUUUCAGCAAGCUUUGAAAUAAACUUAUUGCAAAACUUU